GCGCAGCAUACCGACGGCCACACUAGUGGGGCUACCCCAAGACCUAUGCCCAGUUCUUCUUGACAUACUCACGUUCAAAUCGCUAACAAGUAUAAGGGUUGAAUCGAUCCCGAUGGUGCCAAAAAUGAUGAAAACGGUCCCCGUUCCGAUCUGUACCGAAGCUACAGUUUGAGUUUUAACAAACGAAUCGUUGUUUACAUGUGACGUCAGAAUAGUCGGAGUCUGACGCUGCCCUCGAUAUGCACUGCAGACUGUGGUUCCCAGACUGUGGUUCCCAGACCAAAAGACUCUGACUAUUCUGACGUCCCGUGUAAACAACGAUUCGUUCGUUAAAACUCAAGCUGUAGCUUCGUUACGGAACGGGGACCGUUUUAAGUAAUUACUGCAACCUGACUAUUUUUUAAUGAUAAUGUAUAACUAUAAUUUGCUAACUUUUGAGAUUUGACUAAGCACUUAUGAUUACGACUUUGUUUAUCCAAGGCUUACUUCAUCAUGUACAUGUAGGGUUCUCCCCGUGCACAAGCUAGCAUAUCAGACCGAUGCGCAUGAUUUGUUGGCAUGCAAAUUUAGGCUGAAAUGCACAAAUUUGGGGCCGGAAAAAAGAAAAGUCAAGAAUUUCUUUAAAAUCAUGCAUUAAAACAAUUUAAAAUGCUCUGGAUUGCAAAAGAGCUUUGAAAUCCAAACAUAAACAUCAAGUAAGGAAUAUCAGAUGCUGUUGUUUAAAUUUAGUGUGCUUCACCUUAACUUGCAAAGUUUGGGUUUAGAAUGUUCCACAGGUUUGCAAAGUUCUGGGGAGAACCCCGACUUAAGGCGUUGAUUCCUGCUCCGAAGAAAUUUGGUGGUUUAAAACUUACGCUAUUCUCUAUUACAGAAUAAUAUGCCUUUUCUGAGGAAAAGAAUAUCGCCGCUCGCUGAAGCAAAACAGUUCUGUGGUUCAGGUACUGAUAAAAGGAGUUUCCAACAACGAUACAUCAAUGACAUUAUAGGGUAUGGGCUUUUCACAACAACCCCAUUUCAACAAGGGGAUUUCCUAUUGGAAUAUAGGGGACAAGUCAGUCAGGUUGUUGACAACGAUGAGGCGAGCAACAUGUAUGAGUUUAUAUAUCAACACAAUGGUGUGGACUACAGGGUUGAUGCAUCACAUCCAGAUUCUUGUCAAGCCCGUUACAUCAAUGAUGAGCCAAAGCAACCGAACUGUAAAAUGAAAAAGAUUGUGAUUGACAAUAGCCCGCAUCUCUGCCUAUUUGCGCUUCAUCAUAUCGAUGCCGGCCAAGAGCUUCGGUAUGAUUACGGACCAGAUGAUUUUCCAUGGCGAGAGGCCAACCAUGGUUUGGAUUCAAAGAAACUUUGCACUAAGGAUAGCUUCACUGCAGAUUCAACAAGUGGAGAAGACAAUGCAUCAAGUGCCACUCUGAUCCCUUUGAAGUGCAACCAAGGUUUCCAGACUACUCAAUUAAAUGUCCAUGCAGUUGCCAGCAACACCUGCCCAACUCCAUCAGAUGUUACACUUUGUGAUCCUGCUACAAGCUGUAUUACAGAAUCACCAAGCAGAGCAGACAGUGCUGUAGGCCUAACUUUAGUCCAAAACCAAAGCACAAGUCUUCAGAGCUUGCCUUACUCAGAUCAUUCCAGUCCCCAUGUAGAUGCCAGCAACACCUGCCAAACUCCAUCAGAUGUUACACUUUGUGAUCCUGCUACAAGCUGUAUUACAGAAUCACCAAGCAGAGCAGACAGUGCUGUAGGCCCAACUUUAAUCCAAGACCAAAGCACAAGUCUUCAGAGCUUGCCUUACUUAGAUCAUUCCAGUUCCCAUGUAGAUGCCAGCAACACCUGCCCAACUCCAUCAGAUGUUACACUUUGUGAUCCUGCUACAAGCUGUAUUACAGAAUCACCAAGCAGAGCAGACAGUGCUGUAGGCCCAACUUUAAUCCCAGACCAAAGCACAAGUCUUCAGAGCCUGCCUUACUCAGAUCAUUCCAGUCCCCAUGUAGAUGCCAUCAACACCUGCCAAACUCCAUCAGAUGUUACACUUUGUGAUCCUGCUACAAGCUGUAUUACAGAAUCACCAAGCAGAGCAGACAGUGCUGUAGGCCCAACUUUAAUCCAAGACCAAAGCACAAGUCUUCAGAGCUUGCCUUACUCAGAUCAUUCCAGUCCCCAUGUAGAUGCCAGCAACACCUGCCAAACUCCAUCAGAUGUUACACUUUGUGAUUCUGCUACAAGCUGUAUUACAGAAUCACCAAGCAGAGCAGACAGUGCUGUAGGCCCAACUUUAAUCCAAGACCAAAGCACAAGUCUUCAGAGCUUGCCUUACUCAGAUCAUUCCAGUCCCCAUGUAGAUGCUAGCAACACCUGCCAAACUCCAUCAGAUGUUACACUUUGUGAUCCUGCUACAAGCUGUAUUACAGAAUCACCAAGCAGAGCAGACAGUGCUGUAGGCCCAACUUUAAUCCAAGACCAAAGCACAAGUCUUCAGAGCUUGCCUUACUCGGAUCAUUCCAGUCCCCAUGUAGAUGCUAGCAACACCUGCCAAACUCCAUCAGAUGUUACACUUUGUGAUUCUGCUACAAGCUGUAUUACAGAAUCACCAAGCAGAGCAGACAGUGCUGUAGGCCUAACUUUAAUCCAAGACCAAAGCACAAGUCUUCAGAGCUUGCCUUACUCGGAUCAUUCCAGUCCCCAUGUAGAUGCCAGCAACACCUGCCGAACUCCAUCAGAUGUUACACUUUGUGAUCCUGCUACAAGCUGUAUUACAGAAUCACCAAGCAGAGCAGACAGUGCUGUAGGCCCAUCUAUAAUCCAAGACCAAAUCAUAUGUUGUCAGAGCUUGCAUACAUCGGAUGAUGACUCAAGUCUCAAGGUAAAUCCCAGCACCACCUACCAAUCAACGAUGAAUAUCCAAAUGUGUGAUCUUGGUGGAGGCUUUAUUGCCGAAUCACCAGACAGAUCAGACAACACAGUUUUUUCCACUUCAGUCCCUGUAUGUAGCAACCGAAGUCUCUGGAACUUGUCAAAGUCAGCUGAAUAUUUAAGUCCCCAUAUAGAUGCCAGCAAUUUCUAUGAUUCUCCCAGAGUCGUUAAUUCGAAUGAUACUGCUGGUGGCUUUGUGGCACAAUCUUCAGGCAGAUUUGAAAAUUCAGUUUGGGCUACUUGGAAUUGUGUCAGUAGCUCAAAGUCAGAUGAUCAUCCUAUGUCUACACAAAAGAGCAGUGGUUUUGUCCAACCCCACAAAGAUACUUACCUUUUAGAUUCUGACAGCUAUGUUCCAGAAUCAUCAGAUGAAGAACAUGAAGAUGACCCUAUUCCGCUUGCAGGGAAAAGAAGGAAUGCUGUACAGCGCAACACUCAGAAUAUUUGGCCAGGUAAUCAUCAAACACCCCAUCAAGAUUCUUUCCAUGGUCCUGAUGUUAGUGAUGCUGAUUGUGAUGACACUGACGGCUCUGACUCGGAUUAUCUUCCUGAAUCCACUGAUGAAAGUGUUGAUGAAAAUGCAUAUUCUGCUUGCUCACCUCUGAUUCCAGUCACUAGGGGAAGGAAACAAGUCAUAAGCUCAAACAACUCUGAACAUCAGAGUAACCAUCUGCAUGAAAAGGAAUCCGAUAUGCUGAAUGGGAAUGAGGACCUCCCUGAGAGUAGCUUUAAAAAUGAAGCUUCAGGCAAAUGGAGAGUGGUGAACAAUGUCAAAGUUGAUAAGACUACAUGUUCAGGUUCAACUGACCAUCAAGAUUCUGCGGUCUCGAGCUCAUCUUCAUCUAAUACAUGUACAUCAGACAUUGAAGUACUGACCACUUCAAAUGAUGGUGGUGCACGUAGAUGGGAUAAGCCCCAGUUCUGUCCAUUUUGUAUGACUCCACAGAAGAAGUUGCCGCGCCAUUUGGCUACUGAUGUGCACAAAGACGAACCACAAGUUCAACAGUGGCUCGCCACAGAAGACCCCAAGGAACGGGCUAAGCACUUGACGCUGAUGAGAAACUAUGGAAACUUCCUUCAUAACGCCAAAGUUCUUGAAGAGGGAAAAGGUAGUCUUAUCGUAGUAUAUAGGCCGGCAUAUACAGUUAGUUCUAUGGACUAUUUGCCGUGUACCAACUGCUUUGGCUAUUUUGCGCAAAGUGACUUAUGGAAACAUAAAUGCAGCCAGGCAGCAGAUGACGAAGAACCAACUAAAAAGAAAAGAAAAACUGGACUACGAACAGCUAGUAGAAUGUUGUUGCCAAGCAUACCUGGGGUUAGUAAGCGUACUCAUGAGAUCUUGUCCAGCAUGAAAAGUGACGCAAUAGGAAGACUUGUGCGAUCAGACCAACUGAUUGGAAAGUUUGCAGAGAAACUGACCAAAAAACAUGGCCAUUCAAAAGAUCAAGAAGGAUACAUCAGACAGCGGCUGCGUGAGGUGGCAAGAAUGGUGUUAGAGUACCGAAUAUUAACCGAGCAUUCGGAAGCCCAGUUAGCGGAUCUUAUUUGUCCGGAGAAGUUUACCAAAGUCCUAGAGGCAACGAGACGAACAGCAGGAUUCCAAGAAGAUACAAAUCUUUAUACAACUCCCAGCCUGGCUCUUAAAAUAGGGCAUAGCCUUAAGUCUUGUGCAGAAAUUCUGCGAGGAGAUGCCCUGUUGUCCGGGGACAAAGCUCUUGAGAAGAAUUGCAAAGCUGUAGUACAGUUGUAUAACUUGAAUUGGGAGGGUGAAGUUAGCCAUCAUGCGCUGAGAACCUUGCAAGAAGCCAGGAGAAACAACCCAAAGCUACUGCCCUUAACUGAGGAUGUUGUUCAGUUAUCAAAAUACAUCAAGAAUCAUGUUGCAGUGAGACAUAGAGAGCUGCAGAAGGCUGUAAACAAAGAUGUUCCUAAAGCUUGGACAGAAUUAGCAGAACUUCUUCUGACUCAGAUCAUCGUUUUCAACCGGAAACGCCCUGGAGAGGUGUCAAAAAUGACUUUGAGUGAUUACAGCAAGUGUGCCAGUGGCACAACAUGUGUUGUUGAUGGGGCCUUAUCAGCACUUGAGAAGGCAUUGUGUAAAGCGCUCUGGAGAGUUGAGAUUGUUGGAAAGCGUUUGCGUACCGUUGUAGUGCUGUUCACUGCCGAGAUUAAGACAGCCCUUGACACACUGAUGAACCGAAGACAUGAAGCAGGAAUAGAUGACAGCAAUGCGUACCUGUUCAGUAAUCAGCGAGGACUGGGACACAUAAGGGGAACUGACACUCUUAGAGAACAUGCUUCAAAGUGCAAAGCUAAGAAUCCUGAGUUCCUUCGUGCAACAAGACUUCGCAAACACAUUGCUACAGUAUCACAAGUAAUGAAUCUUCAGGAAAACGAGCUCGACCUGCUGGCGAGCUUCUUAGGUCAUGAUGUCAGAACCCAUCGUGAGUUCUACCGCAUGCCAGAGUCAACACUUCAAGUUGCCAAACUGUCAAAGGUCCUUCUCAAGAUGGACAAAGGUGAUGUGCAGGGACUAGCUGGAAAAAGACUGAAGGAUGUUGAACUGGACCCUAGUGAAGAAUACGAUACAGAUGCGAUGUCGGAAUCGUCAGGUGAUGAGGGAGAUGAUGAGCCUGAGGAACCCAUGAGUCUGAAUGAGGAAGCAAAAGAUGCAGAUGGGACAAAGCUUGUUGUACAGCAGCAAACAAAGAGGCCAUGGACUUGUGCUGAAAAAAAAGCAGUUGUGAAACACUUGGGCAUGUUCCUGAGGAUGCGGAAGGUACCCGGGAAGGGACCCAUCACUGCAUUGAUGAAUGCCGAACCCCAGCUGUUCAAGAAUCGUACUUGGAGAAACGUAAAAGACUUUGUGAGGAACCAGGUCCGAAAACAAGAUCCAAUGAGCUUUCUGCAGAUCCGGUAAAAUAAGAAAAAUACAAAGACUUAAAGACAGAAGGCCCUUUGUUCUAAUAUUGCACAGAUUUGUCAACAAGAGAUUACACAUUUUCUUUGCAUGUAAUUUUUUUUAAGCAAACAAAAGUUGUAAAAGAUUUAUUUAUUUGUUUAUUUUAACAAAAGUAGUGAUCAUAUAGAAGUUGAAAGGAAGUUAACAUCAAUUUCUGACGUCUUCUUCGGACCUGGUUCCUCACAUCAAUUUCUGACAUCUACAGAAAAAGUACAAAAGAAGAAUGUUUUGACAUGUAAAGCUUACAUGUUCGUUAGCAUUAACACGCGUACUAGUCUUUCCAAUGCCAUUCUGCACAAUUUUGCCGCACAUGCCAAUCAUACGCACACGCAUGUCUGACUUGAUUGCGCAAUCAUGGCUGUGAUUUGUCAAAUGGGUGAACGCGCAAAGUUUAAUUGAUAGGCCGGAUCGGUCCAUUAUAGCGACUUGCUUGCCAUUAAGUAGAAAUCUGAAAUUUAAUUUGUUGUUGAAACUAAAGUUUAAUUU